GGCCGGGAUGGGUCAGAGGCCCCGCGGUCCGAGGGGCGGGCCGACUGGCCGCCGAGGCCUCGCCCUCGGACGACAGCUGCGGAGCAGCCAAGAGGGAGCCAGGAGGAGGGGCCGCGGCCCCGACCCGCCCCGAAGCCGCGGAGGCAAAACACAAACGCAGCCCGGCGCGCGCCGCCCGGCCCUGCCCUGCCCUGCCCGCCGCCGAGCAGCUUCGCCGUCGGUAGCGAGAUGGCCGCCGCCGCCUCCCCCGGCCCCGCGGCGGCCCCAGCCGCCGCGCCGGGCCGACGAGUCGCCACCGCCCACUGCCGGCCCCCCCCUCGCUUGCCCGCCUGCCCGCCCUCCUGGGACACGGCCCGCUCCACCCCUCGCGGCUGCUCACCGCGCUGAGGCGGAUCCCGCUGGGUGGCUGCGCCGCCAUCUUGAGCAAGUUACAAAGCCAGGACCGGCCUCGGCCGCAAUCCGACUGGGAGGCGGCGGGCGACAAAUGUAGAGCCCGCGAGGUCCCUCCCACUUCCUGGGCGGAGCGCGCGGGUGGCCCCGCCCACUCACUUCCGCCUCCUGGCGCUGUGGAAUUGGGAGUGUAGGGAAGCUUGAGGGCCCCAAGUUUGAAGCCGGGUGCCAUGGGUGUUGGUGACCCAGAAAUGUGCACUUGAGGUGCUUGACCAGGCUGGACAUGAAUUACACUGAAGAACGCCAUCACAUGCCCACCAGUGUCAACGUGAUUUGAAACCUUAUUAAUGAAAUGAAGACUGUACUUUUGGGAUGUACCUUGAAAAUUACCAUCCUGAUAAAAGGAGUCCUUUCUCAUAUUGCAA